AUGGAAGAUUGUUACUCUCAGCAGAAAUUUAUUGUCACCACGUACGAUGUCUUGGUGAUGACCAUCCUCUCCCUGCAGACAUUUGCUGGCAUGUGGAUAAAUGCUUUCAUGGUUUCUGUGCUUUGCAUUGCUUGGGUCAGAAAGAAAAGCUCCAACUCCAGUGAGAAGAUCUUGCUCUUUCUGGGAUGGACCCGGUUCUGGUAUCUGUGCAUCUCAUGGAUACAUCUCUUUCUGAUAAUAACAUAUAUCUGUCACUUUUAUGUUCACCCCCUACCACAAAUAAUUUCAACAACUAAAAGCUUUUUCAGUUUUUCCAGCCAGUGGGUUUCUGCCUUCCUUUCUGUUUUUUAUUGUAUCAAAAUUGCAAAUUUCCAGCACAGCUUCUUCAUCUACCUGAAAGUGAAAAUUGACAAGAUCGUGCCAUGGGUGCUCUUGGGUUCAGUCCUUUUAUCCUUGAUCAUGGUGAUCAUUCUCUACAAAGCCAUUGAUGAAGCAGUCUGUGACAACAUCAACUGCACCACCACAGGAAGUUUCUGGAAACUGAAUAUCAAUUUUCAUCAGCAUUUUUUCCCUGUUUUUUUCCUCAAUGGCUUCACAUAUGCCAUUGCAUUCACAGCAGUCAUCUCUUCUGCCCUUCUCCUCCUCUUUUCUCUCUGGAGACACAAACACAAGAUGCAGAUGAAGUCACUGAAGAACGUCAGCAUGGAUGCCCACAUCAAAGCCAUUAAAUCUAUUCUGUCCUUUUUCUUCCUUUACAGCAUCAACUUUACCUGUUCAGUCUUGAGAUUGAUUUAUAGCAUGAAGAAGGAAAAUCCUGUGACUUUUCUCAUUGUUAUAUUUCAGGAUGUUUUUCCAACUGUUCAUUCCCUCAUCCUGAUUUUCAGCAAUCCCAAUCUGAAAAAGACACUGCUAAGGACCCUGUCCUGUGUGAAGUGCAAGAUUUGCAUGAGGCAGGAAAUGUCAUAA